UGUUGACUAAGUCAAUAAUCAGAAUCAGCAGGUUUGGAGUCAGAUUGGCAGGGAUAAAGUGGUGUAGCUCUGGAGAGGUGAGUAUAAAAGCCCCACGCUGGGAGCAGUCCUCAAAGACGUCCCUGAGUUCUGGGCAGGAUGGCCUCUCACAGCUUGCUCCUCCUCUGCCUCGCCAGUCUGGUGUUCCUGUCUGAGGCUGGCCCUGCGGGUGCUGGUGAAUCCAAAUGUCCUCUGAUGGUCAAAGUCCUAGACGCUGUCAGAGGCAGUCCUGCUGUCGGUGUGGCUGUGAAAGUGUUCAGAAAGGCUGCUGACGGGACUUGGGAGCCAUUUGCUUCUGGGAAAACCAGUGAGACUGGAGAGCUCCAUGGGCUCACAACCAUUGAGAAAUUUGUAGAAGGGGUGUACAAAGUGGAACUGGACACCAAGUCCUACUGGAAGGCACUUGGCAUCUCCCCGUUCCAUGAAUAUGCAGAGGUGGUGUUCACGGCCAACGACUCCGGCCUCCGCCGUUACACCAUCGCCGCCCUGCUCAGCCCUUAUUCCUAUUCCACCACGGCCUUGGUCAGCAACCCUGAGGUCUGAGGGACUUGCGCAGUGGAUCUGAAGGAGGGGACGGGAUUCCAUGUAACCAAUUUUUACUAAAGCAGUGUUUUCACUUCAUAAGCUAUGCUAGAAACUCAGGCAGAGACAAUAAAAUGUUCCUGUGAAAA